AUGUAUCUUACUGCAACUCAUCCAGACAUAAUGUUCAGUGUUAGUCUAAUCAGCAGGUACAUGGCUAAACCUACUGAACUCCACUUACAAGCUGCCAAAAGGAUAAUGAGGUACUUGAAGGGCACUGCCAACUAUGGGAUUCUCUAUAAGAAGGGAGGGAGAGAUGAAGAGCUGCUUGCUUUUACAGAUAGUGAUUAUGCAGGAGAUGUAGAGGAUCGUAAAAGCACGUCCAGGUAUGUGUUUCUUUUGAGCUUAGAAGCAGUUUCAUGGUUAUCCAAAAAACAGCCCAUAGUUACUAUGUCUACCACCGAGGCUAAAUUUGUGGCAGCUGCUGCUUAUGCUUGUCAAGCUGUAUGGAUGAGAUGGGUGUUGAAGAGGCUAAGUCAUGCACAGGAAGGUUGCACUACCAUUAUGUGUAACAAUAGUUCAGCAAUUAAGCUCUCGCGGAAUCCGGUCAUGCAUGGAAGCAGGAGUAAGUGCAUUGAUGUGCGGUUUCAUUUCUUAAGAGACCUUACAAAGGAGGGUGAAGUUGAAUUAGUUCAUGGUGGAACGCAAGAGCAGGUGGCUGACUUGAUGACAAAACCGUUGAAGUUAGAAGCAUUUCAGAAACUCAGAAAGAUGAUGGGAGUGUGUAAAGCUACAGAUGUAAACUAA